AUGACUACGCCCUCGGGAGAGGAUAAGAUCAUCAAGCAUGCCGAGCCCUUCCUAGCUGGAAACCCUGCCACGCCCUUUCCACUGUACAGAAUGGGCCUGGAAGUACAUGCUCUAAGUAUAAUUCCUCAGUUAUUGGCUACUGGCGACCGGAAAGACGGUAUGAUUCGACUGCCAACUUUAAAUUCUUACGAUAAAGAUUGUCAUGUCCUGAUUCUAGAUGACAUGGGUCGAGACUCCUUACACGCUGUCUAUGAAGAUCCUCGUUUGGAUAUCAAGAUGAUUGGGGAGGCUAUCGGGCGAUGGCUAGCCCAGCUCCAUAACUCAACAACUCCAGAGGAAGUCAAGCGCAAGUUUGAACACCCUACAGCGAGGAGAAUGUACAGGUGGAAUUUCAAUAAUCUCUCUAGUGUUCUGAAGAGGUAUGGUUAUGAUCCAGCCCCCGGAGAACGCCUUAAUGCCAAGUAUGGAGCUCUUUUGGAGACAGAUGAGUUGUGUGUGUGCCAUGGGGACCUUUGGCCGGGCAACAUUCUCGUCUCUGGUCUUGCCGACCAAACUCAAGAGGAGAGUCUCCGACUCACAGUAAUCGACUGGGAAGUCGUGCGCCUGGGCAAUGGAGUUACGGAUGUUGCGCAUUUCGCUGGAGAGGCAUGGCUUCUAGAUCAUCUACGUGGCGCACGGGGGCUCAUGCCAGCGUUUCUGGAUGCAUACCUGACAGAAAGGCCGCUGAGUGAUCAAGAGAAGCAAAGAGUGGCUGCGCAGUUUGGUACACACAUUACACAUUGGCCAACCAUUUACGGUUGGAUCCAAGAUAAAGACAAAGCCGGGUGCAUCGCUCAUGGGAACUCGAUCAUCCAAAUGGUAGAUGACAUGAAAUGGAAGUCCUUGAAGUGCAGUGAACUGGGUAUUCUAUUCACGACAACCAAAGAAGAGACGGAAUCAACCACCCUACCCAACUAG